GAAAUGUUCAGGACAAAACUCUCUGACAGGAGAGAUUCCGACUGAGAUUGGAUCGUUGAAGGAAUUACAUUUCCUUGAUUUGAGUAAGUUUUGUAACCAAUGGAGCGCAAUUGUUGAAGUGCGAUAACUGAUUACCAUCAUGAAGUAAUACGAUGACCUCACAACAACUUAUCUUGAAACUGCUACAGGUGGCAAUAACCUAUGUGGCUCCGUCAGUUGCACCAACUUCAAGAAAAUGGACGCCACCGAGUUAGAACUAUGUCGAGAACGGAACACCUUCAAGCCAUGUUUAACGCCAUCGCCAUCAAUAUCGGCCUCACCAACAAAUUCAAAUGCGCCAUCCGCAGUGCCAACGAUAUCGCCGGCGCCCUCAGUGACGCAAAAUCGGCGCACAUCUCCUGCACCUACGGGAUUGUCCUCUGAUUCGUCCUCUGAUUGGUCAGAAAUUUGCGAUUCGAUCGGUAUGUGAUACGAAUGAUUUUUUAUUAGAAAAAGAAGGCUUGUACGAUCGCAUGGCCAAUAUGUGGGCUGUUUGUCAACCUCUGUAUUCCACAAUUGAGAUAUCUCACUUUCUUGGUUCCUGUUUUCGAAUUUUCGAAUUGGGAAAAAAUAAUGAAUACACAAUACUUAGUUGAUGUGAUAUGUGGUGAAGACAGGAACUUGACUUCGUUGUGCGGCUUUUUAUCCGACGAGAUCGAGCAAGAACUUUCAAUCGGAAAUUGGACUGUUUUUGCUCCCUUGAAUGAUAUUCCGGAAAACGUGACGAUUGUCGAAGAAGAGGACAUCACAGACCUUGCUUGGUUUCACAUUUUCGAAGAAGUACUGACUAAGGAAGAUCUUCCUUGUGAUAACGAAGGAGACAACACUACCCUGAUCACAAUGGCCAAUGGAAGAGAUACAAGGAUCAAGUGUGACGAUGAUAUACCCAUCGGUCAGAAAGGGAGAGGAAAUAAUGGCACCAUUUCCAACUUCAUUGAAUUUGACAUCGAAGCUUGCAAUGGCAUGAUUCAUAUCAUCGAGAAUGUACUUCUUCCUUGAUCGUGGUAGGCACCGCUUGCGACGAGCACCAACCAUGGGAGACAAAAAUCAUGGUCACCGUCGCAACCCCUAUUUUCCCAUAUUACGUGUAUGCUCGUGGUCAGUUUGAAUUACUUUCCUGUUCUCUUCACAGAAGUGAAGACAGCUAAGGAGAAAUGUUUUAAUGUACAGUAAAUCUAGUAUCAUCCG